AUGGCUACUGACCACCAGAUCGCAGCAUCUGCACAGAAGCAAGCAGCCACCAGCCCAUUCAAGCUGAUCAUCUAUGAUCAGGAGAACUUCCAGGGCCGCUGUCACGAGCUGACUGGACCUUGCAAGGACCUGCAGGAAGCCGGUGUGCAGAGGGUGGGGUCCAUCAUGGUGCAAACAGGACCAUGGGUGGGGUACGAGCACGCCAACUGUAAGGGUGAGCAGUUUGUGUUUGAGAAAGGGGAGUAUCCUCGCUGGGACUCUUGGACAAGCAGCCGAUGCAGUGACUGUCUGGCCUCCUUCCGGCCCCUUAAAGUGGACAGCCAGGAGCACAAGAUCGUGUUAUACGAGAGUCCUGGCUUUGCGGGGAAGAAGAUGGAGAUCGUGGAUGACGACGUGCCCAGCUUCCACGCCCAUGGCUAUCGGGAGAAGGUCUGCUCUGUGCGUGUGCAGAGUGGCACCUGGGUAGGUUACCAGUAUCCUGGCUAUCGUGGCUACCAGUACCUCUUUGAGAAGGGCGAGUACAAGGAAUGUAGCGAGUUUGGUGCCCAGUUGCCGCAGGUUCAGUCCGUUCGACGCAUCCGGGACAUGCAGCGGCACCAAAGGGGAACGUUUCACAUGAGCAACUGAGUCAGCCUCCCCCCAGCGACCCCCCACCCCAAUUGCGCCACAAACACAUUCACCUCAAACAAAUUUCCUACUCAGUGCCGUUGCGGUGGCUAAACCUGCAAAAAGAGGCUAAUAAAUUGUCGUGCUUCCGCAUAUGGCCACGUGGUGGUGCUGUUACACGCAAAGCAUGAAUUAACCAAAUAGAGUUAUCUUUCUAAAAUAUAA